UUUGUUCAGUGUAGUUUUGCCAUGGUGUUAGGUUAUUCCACACUAGUUAAAGUAAAUCAAAUAUACACCCCUGUCAGAAGUGGUCAAAAGAAUAUAGUUAAUAAAAUCUGCCUCUUUCUCCUAGCUACCAUUCAACAUGAAAUGGAGCUGAGACACAAGAACGACCUGCUCCGCAUUGAAGCGCAGUCCAAAGCCCAAGCCCAGGUGGAGAGGGAGAACGCAGACAUCAUCAGGGAACAGAUUCGCCUGAAAGCUGCUGAACACAGACAAACUGUCCUUGAAUCUAUAAAGACGGCAGGAGUUGUGUUUGGGGAGGGAUUCAGGGCCUUCAUCUCCGACGGGGACAAAGUCACAGCCACGGUUGCUGGGUUGACUCUGUUGGCAGCAGGAGUGUAUUCAGCCAGGAAUGCCACAGCGGUGGCCGGCCGCUUCAUAGAGUCUCGUCUUGGGAAACCAUCACUGGUCCGAGAGACCUCCAGGAUAACUGUUGUAGAAGGCAUCAAACACCCAAUCACGACAACCAAGCGUCUGAGAAGCAGACCUCAGGAUGCCUUGGAGGGCGUGGUUCUCAGCGCCAAUUUGGAGGAACGGGUAAGGGACAUUGCCAUCGCCACUCGUAACACCAGGCAGAACAAAGGCUUGUACAGAAACAUCCUGAUGUAUGGCCCCCCUGGAACUGGAAAAACACUCUUUGCCAAGAAACUGGCUCUCCAUUCAGGGAUGGACUAUGCCAUCAUGACAGGUGGGGACGUGGCACCCUUGGGGCGCGAUGGAGUCACUGCCAUGCACAAGGUGUUUGACUGGGCCAGCACCAGCAGGCGAGGCGUCUUGCUCUUCGUGGAUGAAGCCGAUGCGUUCCUGCGUAAGCGAUCCUCAGAGAAAAUCAGUGAGGACCUCAGAGCCACCCUGAAUGCAUUCCUCUACCGCACUGGGGAGCAGAGCAACAAGUUCAUGCUGGUGCUUGCUAGUAACCAGCCAGAGCAGUUCGACUGGGCCAUUAAUGACCGCAUUGAUGAGAUCGUAAACUUUGCGUUACCUGGUCAAGAAGAGAGGGAAAGAUUGGUGCGCUUGUAUUUCGACAAAUUUGUGCUGGGUCCUGCCACUACAGGAAGACAGAGAUUAAAGUUAACUCAGUUCGACUAUGGCCAGAAGUGUUCAGAAAUUGCAGUGCAAGCAGAAGGCAUGUCUGGUCGUGAAAUCUCCAAACUUGGUGUGGCCUGGCAGGCUGCCGCAUACUCCUCUGAAGAUGGAGUUUUGACCGAAGCAAUGAUUGACUCAAGAGUUGAGGAAGCCGUCAAGCAGCAUGCACAGAAAAUGGACUGGCUGCUUAUGGAAGCAGGUGCGAGUGUUGGCAAGUUCGGUGUAAUUGUCCCUAAGGAAAUGGCUGCAGAAGUCACAGCCCAGGAAGCUGCUUCACUUGCACAAACCGAAGACACAACCCCAACUAUACAACAAGUCCUUCCCCUCAUUAAUGUUGUGGGCAGCGCUGCCCAGGUGGAAGCAGCUGCUCUGCCUACAGAAUUAGAGGCAGAAGCUAUCCUUAAAGAAGCAUCCACUUUGGUUAAAGAAAGUGAAGCUAUUGCAGUUGAAACCAUUGUUGAAACAGCCUCUGCUGCUCCGUUGGUGCAAGAGGUUGAAGCCAUUAAGGACCUAACUGAGGUUGUUGGUACAGCUGUAGCUACAGACACUGUUGUGCCUGAGGUGAAAGAAGUAGUCGCUGAAGUUAUAGAGGCUGAGAGCAUACCAGCUUCCAUCGCCAAAGAGACCGUUGCUGUUAGUAGAGAGACCGAGGCCAUUGAAGCAGUCAAGGAGGAAACAGAUGUUCUAGCACACUCGGAAACAACAGUCACUGCUGUUGCUCAGGAAGAGAAAUUAGAUGCCGUCAUCUCUAAUGUUGUCCCGGAACCAGAGGCUACAGUCGUUGAAGUCCAAGAAACCGAGUCCACUGCCACGAUCAUUGCUGCUGUAGAAUCUGAAGCCAUCAAAGUUGUCGAGGUAGUAGCAACUGAUACAGGAAACGUUGCAGAAGAAAUUGCAAGCAAUGUGGCUCAAGAGGCUGAAGUAAUAGCAACUUAUGUGGCCAGGGUUGCUGAUGCCGUAGCAACCGUCAGUGAGGAGAUUGAGGCAGCAGUCGCCAAGGAGGUCGAAGCUGUAGAAAGUUUGGUUGUCAAGGACUCAAAUGAGGUUUUGGGGGAAACUGUGUCUGAAACUUUAGAGAUUACUAAAGAGGCCCAAGAGGUUGUAACAGAUGUGGUCAAGGAGUCCGAGAGUAUUGCUACAGAGCUUGUUAAGGAGGUUGAACCUUUGAUUGCUGAGACAGCUGCCAAGGAAGCUGAAUUAAUCUCAACAGAAACUGAAGCCAAGGAGCCUCAGACUUCUGCCAUUGGGUCUACCACAGAGGUUCAGACUUUGGCUACAGAGAUUGCUGCCAAGGAGGCCGAGGUCACAUCUGCAGAAGUUUCCAAAGAGGCGGAAUUGACAGCCGCAGAAGUUUCCAAUGAAGCGGAAGUAACAUCCGCCGAAGUUUCGAAGGAAGCUGAAGUAACAUCUGCAGAGGUUUCCAAGGAAGCAGAAGUCAUAGCUGGAGAAGUUUCCAAGGAAGCAGAAGUCACACCAGAAGAGGUUACCAAGGAAGCCGAAGUCACACCAGAAGAGGUUUCAAAGGAAGCCGAAUUCCUGACAACCAAGGACGCAGACACUGUCUCUACAGAAGAUGUGAAACUGCCCGAGACUGCUGAGGUUGGUGCCCAAACAAGUCCAGCCACUGAGAAGUCGGCUGCCUCUCAGACCAGCACUGAAGAAGUAGAAACUGAGAAGCCUCUUUCAAAUGAACAGAGUGGGGAUGACAAGGACAAACCCCAAGCCAAGCCUAGUCCAAAGAAAUGAUCACUUGAUGUGGAUGAAAUGCUGUUAACGCUAGGUGUGAAACACUUACUUUGUAGUCUGUCUGCUAUUCUAUCAAAAUGUUUAACACAAUUACUGUGAACGGCUUCAAGGUAAUAUUUGUAUUCUGGCCUGUAAGUUUGUAAGAAUCUGAGUAAAAGCAUUUGUGGACCACUA